GGGGUCUCGUAAACACAGCAACACCAUGACGACGUCGGUCACGAAAACCGUGCAGAAGCCUCGUGUUCAAACAGUAAGGAAGCACGAUUACUUAUACGACGCCGACUACACACUUUCCAGUGCGCGAGAUCAUGCCAGAGACACGUUUAAAGCCCAUACGGGCAUGGAGUCUGUUAAACGAGUGCCAAAUUUCACUACAAUGUUCAGCGACUUACGUCACUAUCCGCGGCAAUCAUUUCAACUGGAUCGAACGGAUCCCGUCCCGCCAUGGGUGAACAGGGGGUGGAGAGGAUUUCAGGACCAGUUGAAAUCAACAAUGGAGAGAUAUACAAAGUUUAACUAUGCACCGGAUGUUGUCCUUCCGCCUCAGAAAUAUGAGGAUCCGCAAGUGUCUGGUGUGAACAGAUAUAAAUAUUUUCGGAGACCAAUAAUUCCGUUUCUUCAGCAACUGCCUCCAUCAGUCGUAUUGCAGCAACCUCCACCAGUUUCAGCUGACUUUGUUCCCAUGCCAGAAACGCAUAGAGCUGAGCCACGGACGAGAACUGUUGGUGUUCAAACUAUGUAUCGUGAGAAUGAAACCCAGACUGAUCCCUACAGUCCGGAGUACGUCAUACGUCCCGGAUCACAACCGGAACUGCUGACACUUGCCACUCUCUCAUACGGUCACGGUCUUCCUGCAGGAUUGGCAGAGGUUGAGAUGAUAGAACGUGCAAGAGCCAAGAGAGCAUGGGAAGCAACUCUGCCUCCACUGGAUGACGCCGAUAUGCACGAGAAGAGACGACGUAUGAUGGAUGAACAGGAAACGAGAGAAUGGGCAUUCAGAGAGGAAGAGAUUGAGAGAAUUCAGGAGGCGAGACUCAAGCUGCUGGAACAUAUGUUGUCUGAGAGGGAGAAGGAGCACGAUCAACUUAAUACGAAAAGACUUGAACAUUUAUGGCAUCAGAAGCAGCAGAAUAAGGAAUUACGAGUCAAGAAAAUCAGAACAAAGCACAUACAAGCUCUUCGCAAACUUACAAAGCAACGAGAGAAUGUUGAAGGGAAACUGCAGCGUCGGGAUGUCAUUAACGAUUAUGCAAACUUUGCUUCCCAGACAUAUGCACCACUAACUCGGAUUGGAGUGUUCAUGGAUCGAAACUCAGAGCAGUACACCGUACGUAGUCGUCUCCUGUCUACAUAUGAUGGUUUGUUAGAACUGGAGGCAUCGCUACCGGAUUUUAUCGCAAAUCCACGAGUGAAGUGUCCUAUUCGUGGUCCUGCAGUAGGUGGUAUUGCCAAGAGGAAAGAACGACGAUCACGACAACUAGAUGAAGUAGAUGAGACGAUAAGAAUUAGGAAGGCAAAAGCUGCGGAAUCUCCUAAACCUCUUCGUCUCUUGGAGAAAGUUGAGAAACCAAUUCCACGUCCUGCCACUCCCACACAACCGGUUCCAUCAAUCCAACAGGAAGAGGAAGAACUAGCGGUCAUUCUACUGCAGCAACUCAUAAGAGGAAGAGCCGUACAGAACAAGAUGUUUGAAGGUAAAGAACGACGGCUGGAGCUGAUUCGUGAGCUUCGUAGCACUCACGCUCUCCAGGCAGCUGGUCAGAAGGAGAAGGAAGAGAUGAGGAGGAUGACGUUGGCAGCACAGGAUGCGAAGACUCUUGAGAAGACUAAGGAGGCCGCAGUUGAGAAGGUGAUACAGGACAUGACAGGAGGGCAGGUGGGACAGCUGUUGGAUUACCUCAGUAAGGAACUUAUCCUGCUGCAAGAAGAAAGAAGGAUUGCAGCGUUUGUCAAGCUUGCUGAGAGAGAAAGGAGACUACGAGAAGCAGAGGAGAGUGGAUUAAGGCAAGUAGAAGAACGAAAGAGGAGAGAGGAAGACGAGAUAUUCAGACAAUUGGUGAAGAUCCAUCAAACAACAGUGGACACGUACCUCGAAGAUCUCAUACUCAAUUCGGCUGACAAGACAGCCGACGAACAAGCACGCGAAGAGAUCAGAAAGAAGGCCGAGACUAUCAACCGAGUCGCACACGAUCUGGAACACCAACGAACAAAACUACAGUCAGAAGAGAUGGUCUCUCAACUCGUACACACAUUCCUCCUGCCAGAAGUUGAGAAACAAACCACAAGAGAAAGAUUAAAGCAUGAGCAGCGCAAGCAUAUAGUUGCAGCCCACAAGAUUAUCCAUAAAAAGGGCGAAGAAGUCAUCGGUGCUUAUCAAGUCCCACGGCCGCCGUCGCGAGCUACAUCGGUCACUCUGUCAUCGAGUACUUCGUCGGUCGCCCAGACAGGAACUCUCCACGAAAGGGAGGUGAAACCGCAAUAGAAACUCGGUGUUUUAGAGUAGGAUUAGAGGGUUAGUGUUGCUGGUUGGAAGGAAAUCUUAGAUGAUGACGUAGCGGCUGUAUUGUCACACACGCUCGUAGUGACGACUAUGAAUGACACAAAAUAUGUUUUUAGUAUUACAUGA